AUGGUUACUUCGCUGGCCCGACCCUCUUUACCCAGAGCUCUUGUUCUCUUUUGCCUAAUAUUCACCGCUUGUGUGCAAGCUAUAGCGAGCUUCACCAUCGUCAACGGUCAGAUAUACACUCCAGGCUUAGCAAUAAUCGAUGCGCCUCAACCGUUUACGCCUGAAGGAGGUGAUUUCCUCCAAGUCGCAAUUGAUAUCUCUGGAGAUGGCCGGAUCCCUCAGCCUCCAUACUCUCCCAAUGUUGAAACCGGAAUUCUCAACAUUACCAUUUUCCUGUUCAGCUACGUAACAGGCCUUAACUUGACGAUAUCGAAUGGCACCAGUUAUGGAUGUCAAGGCUUUCAGAAUGCGGGCUGUGAGGAGAUCAUGGCACAAGAAAGUGGUAGUACUGUGAAACACGUCAAUUGGGCGUGGCCUGAAUGCUUCGUUAAUGAUGGUGACAAGGAUUCCGGCGACUCAUCGGCCAGAGGCUCUUAUAACGUCUCGAUUCAUCAGUCAUUUCGUAUCAACGGGACUGGGUUCUACACAAUCUUCAACCUCCCGAUCCAGGUCACAAACUCUAUCCCCAAAACCACGCAGCUGGCGGCCAGUCGAACUCGCCCAUCGUGUGAUCUCCGAAACAAUUCUCUGCAAAAUCAGACCAGCCAGGAUGCUAGCGUGUCUUUUCCAUCGUCUCAGCCAUAUCUCGGCGGUGCUCUUAGCACUGGCGCUGAAACCCGGAAUCAAGCAGUCGCUGGGAUGCUCGUCCUCGGACGAAGCGCGACAGGAUUCCCAAUCCUCCUUAUCACCGUCCUUAUUUCAAGCUUGACGUGGUGA